AUGUGGAUGCGGCACGCCAACCAACUGAAACCGACAUCCUGCACUCAAGAACCGAAUCGUGAACCAGAAUUGUCGCUAGACAUAAUAAUGAACGAAUUCGCCAUGCCAAUUCCCAGCCGCGAUUCACAAAAACCAGCGCCCUCAGUAAAGGCCAAAGAAACCCUGCAACCUAGACGACAAACGGAUCGCAUGGGCACAGCAAAAAAGCCGUUCUAA